UUGACAUUGAAAAUGAUUAAGGUAAGGAAGGGUCCCUAACCGAUUUAAAAUGGUUAGGAUUAGAAAAGGUUAAAGUUAGGCUAAGAGUAGGAGUUAGGGAAUGGGCGUCGCAACGAUUCCGUAUAGCACCAACGCUCUGAUUAGCUCAGGAAAUGUGUCUUUACUUUGGCUCGUGAAGUUAGUAUUCUAAUCGUCCCUUAGCAACUCGUCUCUAACAAGAUACAUUCACAGGCAGAGGCAACAGCAUUGCAGGAGUGGAAAAUGGAAUAUGGAUUCAAUCAAGAGGAGCGUGUAUUUGCCGCGAAGAAGAUUCAGACAUACUGGAGGUCUCACCAAGACAAGAGACUUUUCCAGCUGAUGUCGCUCACUGUUCGUGCUGCUGAACACUGUCUUGCACCUGCUAUUCUCCGCCAACUCAGCCCCAGAGAAGCUGAUCUGGUCAGAGAUCCAAGCAUGCACUGCAAGGUCAGAUUCAGAUUUUCAGGUUCCCAGUUCCCUCCAUUGAUUGUCUUCAAGAUCUUCCACCUUGGUGGAGGAAGACAAUAUAUUUCUGGAAAAAGAGUGUUCCGACCAUCUAAUCAGGCCACAACAGACACCUGCAGGAUGAUGGGAAAUAGGAUAUUCAUCAAUCACAUUAUUGCUGAUGAGAUCCAGAGGCAAGGGAGGAUGAUUUCUGACACGUCUUAUAUUACCUGUAUGAGGGACUUUAUGCAGUACUCAAGUCACCUUGACGAGCUACCUGCAUACCUUGGAGGGCGAGAGAACACUUGGAGGUCUCUCUCUCUUCAAGGACUGUCACGAAACAUCCUACAGUGGGAUAGCUUGGAGGUGGGCGGGAAGGGCACUGUGGCAGACAGGCUAAGGCAAGAGCUGCUGCUGUUCGCGCCUCAAAUUCCUUGCCCUCUGAUUGGAGGAGCAAUCCCACCUCGGAUGCUCAGGUCUCCUGCUGCUCCCCCCUCUUCUGUGGUUUCUACAGCACGCCAUGCCUCACAACCUGACACUAGCUCCACCCCCCUCCCCUCAACUCGCCGCUCUGCCCGUGCACGCAUCACAGCUGCCCGCAUGAGACAUCUGUAUAUCAUUGGGAGUACAACGAAGGAUGAGAAUAAUGAAAUAACAGAGAAAAACCACAACCCAGAGAGAGGAGAGGAAGAGAAAGACAUGGAAGGAAGUGUUGUAAAGCUUGAAGCACCCCAGAUAGUUUUGCCAUUGGGAUUGGAGGAAGACUCCCUCUCGGAUUCUGAGUGGGAAGAGGAAGCAGAGAAACUCUGCUUGUGGACAAGGCAGCUUGCCCUGGAUGAUAUGGACAAUGUGCCAUUCACCUGAACUAGAACUUCAACUUGAGCAAGACUAACCCUAACCUAAAAAAAACUUUUCCACUCCUAUGGCUGUUCAUUUUCUCUUCUCUUGCUUUGCACACAAAUCUAAUAAAAAUGCUUGUGUAAA